AGUUAAUGCAUGGGAACCUCUUCUACUGCCACACAAUCUCAGUUCCUGCUAUAUACUCUAACAGUGGAAGAGACUGUUCGGUCAGUAGGUGACAACUGCAGAGGUAUCUUCCUUAUAACGAUGUUUUUUGAGGUUGCUGCUCCCAUCAAUCUGCUCAGUAAAAAUAGCUCAUCUUGUAAUGGAGGGGAAAGUUCCAGUCGUAGCGCUGAGAAGAGAUCAGCUGAAGAAGAAGCUGCAGACCUCCCAACAAAACCUACAAAGAUCUCCAAGUUUCGAUUUGCUGUAGGUAGUCAGACAACAAAGAAACCAUCAGCCAUAUCCAUCAAACCUGGAUCAACUAAGCCCAAGGAAACUGUUCCAACUCUUGCUCCAAAAACCCUUUCAGUAGCAGCAGCUUUUAAUGAAGAUGAAGAUAGUGAGCCAGAGGAAAGGCCUCCAGAAGCAAAGAUGAGGAUGAAGAAUAUUGGAAGGGAUACACCAAUAUCGGCUGGACCAAACUACUUCAAUAAAGGAAAGCAUGGGUUUUCUGAUAACCAGAAGCUAUGGGAAUGAA